CUCUGCUCGUUUGCCGCGACAACAUUUUUCUAUCCAACUUAGCCCGUUUUCCUCUUCAACGACGUUUUCCUUCAGAUAACAGCGACUCUCUCCUCACUAUGACUCGAAGGUGAUCUUCAGAGUGUCCGGGUGGUUCUGGGGUUCCAGGUUGGUGUGGUGAGAGAGCAAGCUAACUGUGGGGAGGAGGACCGCCUGGGGCAUUGUGUCCCUGGCUCUCAAGUAACUAAGGAAGGGGCUUGGCAAACUGUUCCGCAGCAUGGAGAAGGAAGACCUGAAGGUCCUCAACAAAGGGGAGGAGGAGGAGAUGGAGCUGCAGGGCUACCGUCUGUGUCGUUGGCGACUGGCCCUGGUGGGCCUCGGGGUACUAUGUACAGGGGGCUUCCUCCUCCUGCUGCUCUAUUGGAUGCCAGAAUGGUGCGUCAAGUCCACCUGCACCCGUACCACAGCCCGUGAUGCUGAAGUGGUGUUGCUGCGUUCUACGGAUGAGUUCCGGCGCUGGUUCCUGGCCAGGGUGCGAGUGAUGCUGGCCCCGGGGAGCAACCCCUUCCACAGCCUGGAUACCCAGACCACCUCCCCCUCCUCCCCUUCCUCUCCCUCCUGUCCCUUCCCCUCCCCUGCCUCCCCCCCUCUGGCCAACGGACACACCCCUCACCCCUCCGAUGGCAGCCCCGCUCAGGAGCUCAUCAUUAGAUUUGCCGACUACCAGCCCACACAGAUUCGCUAUUUUACCUUCCAUAGCACAAAGUAUUAUUGGAACGACGAGGUGCAGAACUUUGAGGUUUUAACCGGCCUGGAGGAUCUGCAGGUCAGCUGCUCCACCCUACACUCGGAGCACAGCGUAGGCCUGACCAGGAACCAGCAGGAGUACAGGAAACUGUUCUUCGGAGUGAAUGAAAUUGCAGUGAAAGUGCCUUCUGUUUUCAAGCUGCUUAUCAAAGAGGUCCUCAACCCUUUCUACAUCUUCCAGCUCUUCAGUGUGAUCCUGUGGAGUGCCGAUGAGUAUUACUACUAUGCUGUGGCCAUUGUUUUCAUGUCGGUCAUAUCCAUAGCUACCUCUCUGUACACCAUCAAAAAGCAAUAUGUCAUGCUUCACGACAUGGUGGCAGCUCACAGUAUUGUCCGUGUGUCUGUAUGCCGAGCCAAUAACGAUAUCGAAGAGAUUUUGUCUACUGAUCUGGUGCCUGGCGAUGUGAUAGUCAUCCCCAGCAAUGGGACCAUUAUGCCGUGUGACGCUGUGCUGGUCAGCGGCACCUGCAUCGUCAAUGAAAGCAUGCUCACAGGUGAGAGCGUUCCUGUGACAAAGACCAACCUCCCAAACCCGGGCCCAGGGGAGAGGGAGGAGGAGGCUGAUAGUGCCUACAACACAGAGGAGCACAAGAGACACACACUCUUCUGUGGCACCAGUGUCAUCCAAACCCGCUUCUACACGGGCGAACUGGUCAAGGCUGUGGUGGUCCGCACAGGUUUCAGCACAGCCAAAGGCCAGCUGGUGCGCUCCAUCCUUUAUCCCAAACCCACCGACUUCAAGCUGUACCGUGAUGCCUACCUCUUCCUGUUGUGUUUGGUGGCUGUGGCUGGAAUCGGCUUCGUAUACUCCAUUGUCCUCAGUGUCAUGAACAAGGUGCCAGCUAAGACCAUCAUAAUCGAGUCCCUGGACAUCAUCACCAUCACUGUGCCACCGGCGCUGCCAGCCGCCAUGACAGCUGGCAUCGUGUAUGCCCAGCGACGCCUAAAACGCAUUGGCAUUUUCUGCAUCAGUCCACAGAGGAUCAAUAUCUGCGGGCAGAUCAAUUUGGUCUGCUUUGACAAAACUGGGACUCUGACAGAAGAUGGAUUAGAUAUGUGGGGAGUCCAGAGAGUUGAGAACGGCAGUUUCCACCUGUCAGAGGAAAAUGCCUACAAGGAGAAUCUUGUCAAGUCCCAGUUUGUGGCUUGCAUGGCCACCUGCCACUCUCUUACCAAAAUAGAAGGCCAGCUGUCUGGAGAUCCACUAGACCUCAAAAUGUUUGAGGCUACAGGCUGGAUCCUGGAGGAGGCCACUGAGGAGGAAACAUCACUACACAAUCGUAUCAUGCCUACUGUAGUUCGACCCCCAAAGCAGCUGUUGCCCCCAGAGCCUGCUGUGUCACCAGAACAGGACAUGGAACUCUAUGAGCUCUCGUCAGCGUAUGAGAUAGGUAUUGUGCGCCAGUUUCCUUUCUCCUCAGCGCUUCAGAGGAUGAGUGUGGUAGCUCGUUUACUGGGGGAGAAACGUAUGGAUGCCUACAUGAAAGGUGCUCCAGAGGUGGUGGCUAGUCUCUGCAAGAAAGAGACAGUGCCAGAGAACUUUGCAGAGGUUUUGGAGGGCUACACCAAGCAGGGCUUUCGAGUCAUUGCUCUGGCUCAUCGCCGACUUGAAUCCAAACUCACCUGGCACAAGGUCCAGAAUAUCAACAGAGAUCACAUUGAGGCGAACAUGGAGUUCCUUGGUCUUAUCAUCAUGCAGAACAAGCUGAAGCCAGAAACCCCAGCAGUGCUGCAGGAUCUUCAUCGAGCCAACAUCCGUACUGUCAUGGUUACUGGUGACAACAUGCUGACGGCUAUCUCUGUGGCCCGGGACUGUGGAAUGAUCCCUCCCCAGGACACAGUCAUAAUUGCUGAUGCCCUCCAUCCCCAUGAUGGACAAGCCGCCAAGAUCACCUGGAGAUACGCUGACAAGCCCACCAAGACGUCUCGCCUCGAGGAAGUGAACAUUAGCUUGGAGGAUGUGUGCCACGUAGAUGAACCCAAAACACAAGAACUGUACCACUUCGCUAUGAACGGAAAAUCAUUUGCUGUAAUCGCUGAGCAUUUCCCCGACAUGCUUCAGAAGCUAGUCUUGCAUGGUACAGUGUUUGCCAGAAUGGCGCCCGACCAGAAAACUCAGCUCAUUGAGGCACUGCAAGGAGUAGACUACUUUGUGGGAAUGUGUGGAGACGGAGCAAAUGACUGUGGGGCUCUGAAGAGGGCUCAUGGUGGGAUCUCUCUGUCAGAGCUCGAAGCCUCAGUAGCCUCUCCUUUCACCUCAAGAACCCCCAACAUCUCCUGUGUUCCCAGUCUCAUCAGGGAGGGCCGUGCUGCUCUUAUCACCUCCUUCUGUGUGUUCAAGUUUAUGGCCCUCUACAGCAUCAUCCAGUACAUCAGCGUCACCCUCCUCUACUCUAUCCUCAGUAACCUUGGAGACUUCCAGUUCCUCUUCAUCGACAUUGCUAUCAUCCUCCUGAUUGUCUUCACCAUGAGUCUGAACCCUGCGUGGAAGGAACUGGUGUCACGGCGCCCUCCAUCAGGUCUGAUCUCAGGGCCUCUGCUGUUCUCUGUGCUGACCCAGAUCCUCAUCUGCUUGGGCUUCCAGACCAUAACAUUCCUUUGGGUCCAACAGCAGCCCUGGUACACAGUCUGGACGCCACUUACAGAUGUCUGCAACCGCACAUUACACAUUAACGUGUCCGACCACAACGACACAGAAGUGGACGACCACAACAUCCAAAACUUCGAGAACACCAGCCUCUUCUACGUCUCCUGUUUCCAGUAUCUGAUUGUUGCCAUCGUUUUCUCCAAGGGCAAACCGUUCAGGCAGCCGAGCUACAAGAAUUGGCCUUUUGUGGUGUCUGCCGUGACUUUGUAUUUCUUCCUGCUGUUCAUCAUGUUCCACCCCAUCGAAGGCAUUGACGAGUUUCUAGAGAUUGUUUGUGUCCCAUUUGAUUGGAGGGUAAAACUUUUCCUCAUCAUCCUGGUCAAUGCGGCCGUGUCUGUUUUGGUUGAGACCUUCAUCCUUGACAUCGUCUUAUGGAAGCUUGUGUUCAGCCGAGACAAACAGGGCAACUUUGGCGUCACCCCUGCCGCCCCGACACCACAGGGAGUCAUUGACCUGCGAGCGUACAAGUGUCUGUCCCGGAUCUGCUGCCCACGCAAGAUGGCGCCCAAAGCUCGCUACAUGCAUCUGGCCCAGGAGCUCAGUGUGGAUCCAGACUGGCCUCCAAAGCCGACCACCACCACCGAAGCCAAGCCACGCCCAGAAAAUGGCUCUGACUAUCAGAUCAUAAUCAACUCCUAGCACCCCCACAGCUCCCACUACUAUCCAAUCUCCACUUUUCAUACAGGAGACAUGCAUACGAGGUGUGUUUAGUAAAUACCCUUAUUUAAAUGGAAGCGUCACCAGAUAAUUGCUUGUCUUCACUAUUCUUGCGUCUAGUACUGCAAUAUUGCAAUAUUACUGCAGAAACCAUAAGAUUACACACAAGUACCAAAUACAAUUAAGGUUUAGUUGUUUCAGUACUCUUCUCUCUCUGGCUCACCCCAUCGCACGUGCUCAGGUUUCAUUUGCAUGUCAUGAAAUGUCUUUUAAGCAUUAUUACCAUCAUGUUUAAAUCCCAUCCUCAAUUGCAAUGUCUGGUCCCCAAAGCUGAGCAGCAUUGGGCUUAGGCUGGGAGGAGGGCUGAUAAACCAGGUCAAAUUUGUGCAUUGACCCUUUCAAGUCGACUGCCAAUACAGGUUUAACGUCCCCUCACUUUGUCUGUGUGAACGGAGGUGUAAAAGAGAGCCCAAGUCCCACUACACUUCAGCGCUAUCCUCUCAUGUAUCUAUCGGAUCAAAGUUGUUUGAAUGCAAGAAGUAAUUACUUUUAUAAUUUACAAGGUCUUCAGGUUUCAUUAGCUACCGCAGUUCUAGAUUUUCGAGUAAAAUGGCCUCUGCAAUUCUUUCAGAGAGCACUGACAGACGAUGGAGAAGUACGUAUAGGAUAAAAUAGAAUGAAGAAGGGUUGUACGUUGGCCUUCCAAAGGUCAACUCAAUUUGACUGGCUCUGAAAACGUGCGUACAAGGAUUGAUUGAUAAUGAACGAGUGUGUAAGAGUUUGAGAAAGGUGAUGGAAGCAAAGCACGUAGAGCUGGGAUAUUCUGUUGAUGGAUGUAAAAAUGUGGGGAUGGAUUUGAUCAUACAGCCGCAAGAAGCAUCAAAAUUCCACUCUGUGCUUCUCAGCAGGUGUUCGCAGGCCAUAGCUGGUGUGAGUCCUAUUGCUACUGUGUAGUGGUCUUAUACAGCUAAUGUACAUAUACAUAGGAACGUUUUCAUGUGGGAGCUUAACCACCUGGCGACCCCUCAUCAGAGAGCAUAGACAUGUAAACAAAAAGGAGUUUAAAGGUCACAAUGAUUCCCAGAAAUGAAUGAAAUUACUCAUUUGAGACCAACAUUCAGUCAGUUGUUAGUUUGGAGUCUUAGAAUAGCUGCAGUCAAUAUUGUUUUCAAGUUUGUAUAUGCAUAUAUAUGCAUAUCCUAUUGACUGUCGAAGGCAGAUUACACAUUUGAAAAAGUAAAGAAAAUAAAUCGAAAUAUGUCUACAUUAUGUAUAGGGCUUGAAAAUUGCACUAUUAGUUUUAAAAUCAUACUGUUGUCCUUGGAGACUUUUAUUGAAAUCCAAUGAAAUGUAGAAAAAUAUUAUUUUUUUAGGUUGCAAUUAGGCAAGGAAGGUUUAGGGUAAGUGGAUUUUUAAAAUUGCAUGACUUAAUCACAAAAUACAUAAAUCAAAACAGAUCAACAACAAAAAAGGUGGCUUUUUCCUCAUAAUUUAGUCACAGCUUUCAAAAACAUGUAGGACCUGGCAUGUAAAAUUCAAAGUAAAGGACUUAAAGAGAACAGUGAGGAAGAUGGAUGUACUUGUGCAGGCUGGGACUUGUGGCAAGGUGUCCAUUGGGUCUGAGUUGAACUGCAGGGAUUUUAACAAAGAUAUGGGUGGAUAGAAAUACAAAAAAAAGAACAAAAGAGAGAUGAUAUCUCAUCAUGAACUCAGAUAUGUUUUUCUCUCUGUGACAAUUUUAUUGUAUAAUACCAGGAUCCCCCUAAAUUAAUGACUGAAUACUUGUCAACCAUAACAGUAUUUUGUACUUUGACAUUAAUGCUAACAUAGCAUGCUAACAUAUUACUCUAUCAUGGUAAGUGUUAGCAUCACAUGCUAAUACCAGCGUGACCUUCCCUCUUGCACCUUCCCUCAGUCCAUGCUGCUUUGCCUCACUUGCUCUGCCUCAGACGUGUCUGUACUUUUCAUCUGUCACAAUAUGUUUUCUAGUAUGUAAUGGGCUUUGUAUGCUCAUGGGCUGUGAACGUAGCUACAAACCCUUAACCUUGUGUUUGCAUCUAUGAGCCAUGUCCUGUCAGCAGACAACAUACAAAGACUUGCAUGAAGCCAGCACCCUGUCGCCGUGUUCGGAAGACUUGAUGGUUGCAAUACUAGAACUAUUACUACAAAUAUACAUCAUUACUGUAGAAUUAAGCUACAUUUACAUUGCCAUCACUGUACUACAAGAAAAAUCUGUACCAGAAACAGCAUGCAUCUGGCAGGUUGUCUUGGACACUUAACCACAUGCAUGAGACCAUAUGAAUCAAAGCGUCCUACAUCUUCAAACUCCCUAGAGAUUGGCUGCAGAAAUCUAGAAGUACUUAGUAAAUGUCCUUUUUUAAAGAAGAUUUCUUCCUAUGGAAGACUGAUUAUAAGUGUGAUACCAAGUAAAUUAAGGCAAAAAAUUGUGCAUCUCAUCGACGUGCCACUAACGGCUAUUUCAAAGCAUCCAUGUAACAGCACAGCCGGCAUAAACUGUAUGCUGAUUACACAGCUGUAUCCAUGUAUUACACAUAGACUACCUGCAUAGAGAGUUAAGGGCUAUAUUUUAUGUUCAUUGCUCUUUCUUUGACAUUUAAAGUGAUGCUCCUGGAAACCGAUUCUUUUACACUCACUCAUUAGACUCACUAGACUUUGAAUGUAGCUCUAAAGUUUGUAGCUUUAUCCUUCACGAAACCUGAUGGCGGAAAUUCAGUCAGACUCCAUAGUGACAUACUGAGGAAAUGAAGCAGUACACCGGAGAAGCAGGUUAUACUCCAAGAUAGGACUUUGAAGAGCUUUUAUUUUCAAUUUCAGCCAUUAAAAUAGAGAAAUUGCAAACUUUUUAAAACCACAUUUAAAGCUGAUGGUGUUUAAAAAGAAAGAUUUCCAGUGAAGUGUCACCUUAAAACAAAGAUUGCGACUCACAUGCAACAGAUUACCAGUAUCAGUGUAAGUGUAUACUUUGCAUAGCAGUCUACCUUUCAUGAAUCGUGUAGUUUCAGUAUUUUCCGAGUCCUUAUGAGUGGUUGUGUGACGCCAUGUCAAAAGAAUGUCACACUAAAUGUAAUGUUGCUGUCCUCCUGGAAAAAUUAAGCAAACAACGUCUCAGACAUCCAGUAACAGCGCUGUACUUUCUGACACUCUGUCAUGUAUGUCACACGGCAUUGCAUUUAUCUCGUCCGUUGACUAUUCAUUAUUCACAAUAUAGAAACAAAAUCGCAGCACAUUUCUUGUAAUACCAAUAUCAUAUUAGUUACACCAAGAUUCGCUCAGUUGCUAAAAGCCAUUGUCUGUUGAGAUAUAUGUAGUAACAUUUCACAUUCAUAGGAAAAGUGAGCUCCAUGUUGUUUUCAAGAUGAGUUAACAUGUAACCACAGUUUCCAUGGAUGCAUUGUUUAUUAUUAUGUUGUGGGUAAACUGUCAGCGUUAGAAGGAUGUGGUGAUGAUGAUGUGUACAGAUGAGAAGUGCAAAACGUGGUUCAAACUUGACAGUUUUGUGCCACUUUGCAGAGUGAUUCUCAUCCAGUAUGUCAUCAAAACUUAUUCCUGUUGGAUUUAAACGACGCUGCUGAUGUGCCCAAACACUGGUCAUAAAAAACCAUGCCAGUUUCUCUGCUUUUGAGUUAUUCAGUGGUAUUUUUAUUUUUGCUUUUUUCUCUGGAUACCUACUGAGGCUAAGAUUGAAUGUUGUGUAAAGAACAAAAUUUAAUGCAAUGCAAUACUACAGUUAUUGAUUUUAUUUCCAAAGACUUUUCAUCACACUUGUACUGGUUGUAGAGGGAGAAUGAAAGAAAAGUUUAAUUUUAGCCUGUAGCCAGUUCUGUCAAUUGAUUUGACAUAGCAGAGGUGGACUUUAAGGGGUGAUAAUAAUAUUAUUAGAGGUUGGAUUUUAUCUGUAUAUAUGAGAUGUACAUUUCUAACGUGUGCAUAAAAGUCAAAAAAUAUUUAGUUAUAAUUUUUUUUUUUUUUAAUUAUCAAAGGGCUGGUGUGUCUUUUUCCACUUUUUUGGUACUGUGUACAAUCAGUUGUCUACUUUUGAUUUGUACUGUCUGUUGGGCUUUAUUUGUACUUUCACUUUUGUUAUGGAGUUGCUUUAUCUUGGAUCUUUCUUUUGUGGGCAUCAAUCCUGGGCAUUUAUUUCAUGUUUUGAAUCAGUUAUUGCAAAGUAUGAUCGGGACUUGUGCAUCAGUAUUUGCUUUGUCUCGGGUAAACAAAAUGCAGCAAAUGUCUAUUUUAGAGUUCGAAUGAAGUUGAACUUUAGCCAUCCUAAAUGGAACAGUUUUGUCUCUGCAGUUUGUCUCUUAAGUUUCCUAAAGUACAUCUGUCUGUCUGCUUUUGGUUUUCUUUUCUUUUGCCUCAGUACUUUGUACUAAUCUGAGAAUCUGACACAAGAAGGGAAUUUAGCGGCAGUGUGUUUUGCGCCUCCGCUCUGCGCUUUCAGAAUUUAAGCAACAUCUGACAAUCUUUUCUUUCUGAUCAUCCAAUGUUUGUAUUUUACUUUAUGUGUAGAUCUUUUUUUUUAAACUCUUUUUUUUUUUUGCAUCCAUGUAAUGUUAAAAUGUAAUUGGCAAGCAGAAUGUGCAUUGCUGUUCAAUAUCAGCGAUCUAUUGUAGAAGUGAUUAUAUUGCUGCUAGGAGCAAAAAGAUUCAGUCUCAGCUGUGUCCUAACUGUGCACCUUGAUACAGAAAGAUUAAUUUAAAAAGUGUAAAUACUACUAUUGCUUCUCUUCUAUGCUACAGUUUUGCCUUUUAUUGUAACACAGCUGUGUCAAAGCAGAGCAUUAUAUGCUGAAACCUCGAUGCUCUUAUACAGGUACAUCACAUACUGACUAUUCAGUUAGUAUCGACCUCUUAUUCACGUCAUGUAUUUGAAACGAACCAUCGAAUGACAUUUGGAUUGAAUCUGCCACUGAGUAAAUAAAGACUCAUGUGGGUGUUGUUUCCUCAGGGAACCGUGUCUAUUUGUAAUGAAGAGAGGAAUAAAAUACAAUUUGAGACCCAAACUGAAUGAAAAUAUACUGUUGCUAAAACCUUUUAUUACAGUCCAUCUGUUUGUCAACUCUUUGGGGUUUAUUUGGCGUGCUUGUUUUCUGCAGCUCCCACACCGCAGCAAGAGGCUCGCCUGGGCUAUAUGUUUUUUCUUUUUUAUCGGCAGAGAUGUAAAUUUUUUGGAAAAUUUUUGUACUUUAUAAUUUAUUUUGUAUUUAUUUUAAUUUCAUUUUCCCUGAGGAUUGUAUUUCAGAUUUAUCUUGAUUUCUUUCUUUUCAAUAAAUGUUCUCAAAGCAGCC